UUCUAUCAGCCUGAAAGGCAGGAGUUACAGCCUGUUGGCCUUUCAAGUCAAAUUUCUCCCUGCUAUCCUCCUCCACCUUCCGGAAGUUCCGCUGAGAAAUUAAACGGAAGUAGGUACGUGGCUGCUGCUCCAGCUGACACUCGGCAAGAUGACGAUGGAGGUGCAGAGAUCCUACCAAAACAGUGGCAGAUCCAGCCGGUUAGAGGUAUCAAUUGACGGGCUGACACUCAGCCCCGAUCCGGAGGGAGAACUGGAGCUGAACUAUAGGACUGGGGACCCCCUAUUAGAGCACAGAGAAGCAGAGAGCCUGCCCGAAGAAAAAGGGGAGGGAGAGACUGCCAAGACCAUGGAAAGGAAAUGGGGCUUUUCUGUUCAGGAGCUAUAUGGCCUUGCUCUUAAAUUCUUUAAAGAAAAAGAUGGUAAAGCCUUCCAUCCCACAUAUGAAGAAAAACUAAGGCUUGUGGCCCUCCAAAAACAAGUUUCACUUGGUCCUUAUAAUCCAGAUGUCUGUCCAGAGGUUGGGUUUUUUGAUGUACUUGGAAAUGACAGACGGAAAGAAUGGGCAUAUUUGGGAAAUAUGUUGAAAGAAGAUGCUAUGGUGGAAUUUGUGAAGUUGUUAAAUAAAUGUUGCCAUUUAUUUGCACCAUAUGUUACCUCUCAUAAAAUAGAAAAGGAAGAUCAGGAAAGGAAAAGACAGGAGGAAGAGAAGCGCCGUCGGCUUGAGGAAGAGGAGCGGGAGCGAGUGAGGCAGGAGGAGGAGAAGCGACAACAAGAGGAGGAGGAGACGAGGUUGAGGGAGGAAGAGGAGAGGAGGCAGAUCGAGGAAGAGAGGCUCCGCAUGGAGCAGCAGAAGCAGCAGAUCAUGGCAGCAUUGAAUGCUCAGACAGCAGUGCAGUUCCAGCAGUAUGCAGCACAGCAGUACCCGGGAAACUUUGAACAGCAGCAGAUCCUGAUUCGACAGCUCCAGGAGCAGCACUACCAGCAGUACAUGCAGCAGCUCUACCAGGUCCAGCUGGCACAGCAGCAGGCAGCCCUACAGAAGCAACAGGAAGCUGCAAUAGUGGCCUCAGCAGUGGCAGCAAAGGUCCAUGCAGUUUAUCCAGGAGAGAGCCCGACUGUGAAUGGACAGGCCUAUUCUCACACAGAAAGCUUUGAGAAAGAGCCCGAGCCAGAAUCAGGAGAGGAAGCGUCAGAAAAUGGACCAAAAGAUGCAUCCCCUGUUAUAGCUGCUCCCUCCAUGUGGACUAGGCCGCAAAUUAAAGAUUUCAAGGAAAAGAUCCAACAGGACGCAGACUCGGUGAUUACAGUGGGUCGAGGGGAAGUGGUGACAGUCCGUGUUCCUAUACAUGAAGAGGGGUCCUAUCUGUUUUGGGAAUUUGCCACAGAUCAUUAUGACAUUGGCUUUGGAGUUUAUUUUGAAUGGACAGAUUCUCCCAACACAACAGUUAGUGUUCACGUCAGCGAGUCAAGUGAUGAAGAGGAGGAGGAAGCAGAGAACCCAAGCAAAGAAGAAAAAUCCAAAAAGAAUGCCAACAAGCCUCAGGUGGAUGAGAUUGUGCCGGUGUACAGGCGAGACUGCCACGAGGAGGUAUACGCAGGCAGCCACCAGUACCCAGGGAGAGGGGUUUACCUUCUAAAAUUUGACAAUUCAUACUCGUUAUGGAGAUCAAAAACCGUGUACUACAGAGUUUAUUAUACCAGAUAAAACCAAGUCACAAGACACUGGGGUUGUGCAGAAUGGACCAUAGUGUGGGUUAGUAGUUGAUUUCUCAUUGUGAAUUCAAACAUCUGUCCUCUCGGUAUAGAAAUCUCUGAUUCAGAGCUGGUGCAAAUGGAACCUGUACAGUUCUCAUAUUGUGUUAGUCAUAUUGAGACUCUGCCUCUUCUGAAUUAGUUGGAUACAGAAGUUGAGAUGAUUAUAUCAACCUGUUUUUACAUAAGGUCUAGCUCCAGAAGCAUUUGGUAUAAUGGUAAUAAAACUUGUCCUGCUCAAUAAAAAUUGGCUAUUAACUA